GAAUGCAACAUUUCUCUUUCCUUCAAUUCCACUGCAAUGGCGAACACAGAGAAGCGAGUCCGAGAAAGACUCGGAUCUUCUUCGUAUUUCCUCGGCUGUUUCGGAUUUUCCCGGAAAGUAUACUCCGACAAGCCGAUGGUUACGAAGGAAGACGGUUGUGAGAAGAAGAAGAUGAAGAAGAAGCGAAUCAGUCGGUGGUUUUUGUGUUCGAAGUUCCGCCUGAAGAACGGCGAGAUCAAACCGUCGCCGAUCGAGGAAACAGAGAAACCUACUUGGAGAGUAGAAGAUGAAACUGAUGAUAAGCAGAAACCCCUCUCGGUGAUAAGUCGUCAAAAUAUUCCGGUUGAUGAUAAGGCCAUGAAUCAGGAAACCAAAGAGACAAAAGCGAAGGACUUACGAGACAUAACCCCUGACCGAUCAAAACCCAUCGAACCGUUAGGUUCCUUAAAAAAAGACACGUGUCCAGAGCGGAUAUCUAAUUCGACCCGUUACGGGAAACCCGACUUGAAACCAACUCGGUCGAGAAACGGGUCACGGGUCAAAAGGUUUGACCCGGUAAUCGGGAUUUCGAUCAUUAUAUUGACGUUGAUGAUCAUGUUAGUUUGGGGUCGACUCUGUGCGAUUCUGUGUACAUCCGCUUGGUGUUACGUCCUACCUCGUGUCAGAGACGCAGCCGCGUUGGCCAAACGCAAACGCAACGGUAGCGACGGUUCUCCGUAUGUAGGGGAUUUGAAUUCAGAGUCUUUUAAAAGAAAAGUCGUUUUGGACGGGUUUCUUGGACGGCAAAAUCGUGUUUCGUUGUCAUGAUGAUCCUUUUUUGUUUUGUUUUCUAUAUUAUAAUGGUUUGGUCAUACUUUUUGUUUUCUUUAAAGCAUGGAUAAACAGUGUUUCCGUUUAAUAACGAUGAUUGAUCGAUUGUGAAUGGACACAUUAAGUAUAAUAUAUUGUCUUGUGUUUU